UCUAAAGUUGUAAGUACAUCUAAAGCAUCCUCUUCUUCUUUCUCAAUAGUCUAUCAUUUCAAACAUUGAAUGUAACAAUGUUGUCAAUACUAAUUCUACUUGCUCUAUGCCUAAUUCUUCCUUUGCUAAUAUUCUUCCAAAACCAUAGAACCAUUAAACAUUAUCCACUUGGUCCUAAAGGACUUCCCAUAAUAGGAAAUCUUCAUCAACUAGACAUUUCUAAUCUUCCUAUUCAACUUUCUCAAUUCUCAAAGAUAUAUGGUCCUCUAUUUUCAAUUCAACUUGGAUUAAGAAAAGCUAUUGUUGUUUCUUCAGCUGAAAUUGCAAAAGAAGUAUUGAAAACCAAUGACCAUUUGUUUUCUGAUAGACCUAGAUUAUAUGCUCAACAAAAAUUGACUUAUAACGGGUCGGAAAUUAUAUUUUCACAAUACACUGAUUUUUGGAGAGAAAUAAGAAAAAUUUGUGUUGUUCAUAUUCUUAGUUCCAAACGUGUAUCACAUUAUUCAUCUAUAAGAAAGUUUGAGGUGAAGAAAAUGAUCAAAAAAAUUUCAGGGCAUGCUAGUUCUUCAAGUGUUACAAAUUUGAGUGAGUUAUUGAUUUCGCUAUCAAGUACUAUAAUUUGUAGGAUUGCUUUUGGGAGAAGCUAUGAGGAUGAAGGAACUGAAAGAAGUAGGUUUCAUGGAAUGUUGCAUGAGUUUCAAGCUUUACUUGCAGAAAUAUUUGUUUCUGAUUAUAUUCCCUUCAUGAGUUGGAUUGAUAAACUUAGGGGAUUGCAUGGUCGUCUUGAUAGAAAUUUCAAGGAGUUUGAUGAAUUUUAUCAAGAGAUUAUUGAUGUACAUUUGGAUCCAAAUAGAGAACAAAUUACAGAUGAAGAAGAUAUUGUUGAUGUCUUACUCCAUCUCAAGAAACAUCAUUUGUCUUCAAUUGAUCUCACUUUCAAUCACAUCAAAGCUGUUCUCGUGGAUACGAUUGUAGCCGCAACAGAUACCACAUCAGCCGCAUCAGUUUGGGCUAUGACCGCCCUAAUGAAAAACCCAAGAGUAUUGGAUAAAGUACAAGAAGAAAUCAGAAACUUGGGAGGUGCAAAAGAUUAUUUAGAUGAAGGUGAUCUUCAAAAUUUACCUUAUUUGAAUGCAGUGAUUAAAGAGACGUUAAGAUUGCAUCUACCAGCCCCAUUGCUCCUGUCUAGAGAAUCACGUGAAAAUUGCACUAUAAAUGGAUACAAUAUUCCAGCCAGGACAAUAUUGUAUGUGAAUGCUUGGGCUAUUCAGAGAGACCAUAAUGUUUGGGAAAACGCAGAAGAAUUUUAUCCUGAAAGAUUCUUAGAAAGUUCUAUAAAUUUUACUGGACAAGAUUUUGAACUAAUACCCUUUGGAGCUGGCCGUAGAAUUUGCCCCGGCUUACCCAUGGCAGUUGCCUCAUUGAAACUUAUCCUUGCCAAUCUUCUUUAUUCAUUUGAUUGGAAAUUACCAGAUGGGUUGGUAAAGGAAGAUAUUGAUACAUCAAUGCUGCCAGGGAUCACUCAACACAAGAAGAAUCCUCUUUGCCUUGUUGCUAAGAUCCCUAUGUAGAUGCAUCCCUUUAUAGUAUACUAUGUUGGUUUCUUGUUUAUUAUAUGUUUAUCAAGCUUUUUAUAUAUGUAGAGUUACUCUCAGGAUGGGUUUAGGAAUAUAUUUUAUGUGUGGCUAAAUAAGUAGCAACUGAAAUAAUAAUCGAAAUUUAGGUUCUGUUUGGUAAAAA